UACGCGAGUUUGUAAAUAUCAUUUAAAGAACCGGAUCGUUAGUAUUCGGUUCAUCGGGGGUGACGAUCGAACCGGCCAGUCUGGUCCGAUUUUUACAUUUGAUGUUCAUGUCCUUAUUUUGUUUUGAGUGACACAAUAACAUGAUGUAAGGUUUGGAUUCAUAUCAUACUUGAUGCAGUGAAUAUUAAUUUACCUUUAUUCUCGGUUUUGAAAUAUGUGUGUAUUAAUUUAAAUUUUUCCCAUGGUGGUUGUCCCGGCAGAAAUUCCUAUUGUCGCAGAUGGUGAAUUUGCUGUUGGGAUGGAGUUCAAUUUCAGGGAAGCUGUUAUUAAGGUGAUAAAAAAGUAUACCAUACGACGAAGCGUAGACUAUCGGGUGUAUGAGUCUGAGCCGUUGACAUUUUAUGCCAAGUGUACACAGUAUGGGUCAGAGUGUGAUUGGCUUAUCAGAGUUAGUCUGAUCAGCAGGAAGUACUGUUGGGUUAUAAGGAGGUAUAAUGGUAGUCAUACCUGUACCAGAGCCACCAUUUCACAGGAUCAUUCGAAGCUGGAUUCCAUCACAAUUGCAUAAGCAAUAAAGCCAUUGGUUGAGGCUGACCCCUCCUUAAAGGUAAAAUCGGUUAUAGCAGAAGUGUAAUCGAAGUUCAACUACACCGUUAGUUAUCGGAAAGCAUGGUUGGCUAAGCAAAAGGCAGUUGUAAAAAUAUUUGGAGGUUGGGAAGCAUCGUCCGAAGCGUUGCCUAUAUGGUUUGAGGUCAUGUGUCAUAAGGAGCCAUCAGCUGUUGUCCAUUUUUGAGACUAUGCCUGCAUAUCAAGGCGAUGACUUGGUCGGUGAUAUUCGAGUACUGCAUAGAGUAUUUUGGAGUUAUUACCCCUGCAUCAGAGCAUUCAGACAUUGUAAGCCAGUUGUCCAGGUGGAUGAGACUCACUUGUACGGAAAGUAUAAGGGUUGUCUACUAGUCGCAGUUUCACAGGAUGACAACAACAAUAUCGUCCCAAUUGCGUUGGCUAUUGUCGAGGGAGAAACUUCUGAUGCAUGGCACUUUUUCCUUAGUAACCUGCGUCAACAUGUUGUCACUCAGAAUGGUGUGGGACUAAUAUCCGACCGACACGAAUCUAUCAAUGCAGCUGUGGAACGCAGUAACGGAGCUUGGUCACCUCCUAGAACUUUUCAUAUGUUUUGCAUCACGCAUAUAGAGUCGAAUUUUUUGAGAAAGUUCAAGGCACCGUACCUGAAAAAUUGGUCGUCAACAUUGGAUAUUCGAGGACGGUGCGGGAGUACGAAGUGCGUUACCAGCGUUUACGGGAACGGGGCGAGGGGUAUACAAACUGGUUAAACUGAAUUCCUCGCGAACAGUACGCAUUGGCAUUUGAUGGUGGCUACCGAUAGGGUCACAUGACGACGAAUCUAGUGGAAUGCAUCAAUUCAGUAUUGAAAGGUGCACGCAAUCUCCCCAUUACUGCUCUUGUGAAGGCAAUAUUCUACAGGCUUAAUGAGUUGUUCACCCGAAAAAGAGCGGAGGCGGAAGCCCGGAUUAAUGCUGGCCAUGUGUUUUCUGAUGUCGUGACGUCGAAGUUGCAUGCAAACCAACUUGCAUCAAGAAACAUUCAGGUUAGUUGCUUUGACCGACAAAAUGAAGUCUUCGAGGUGCGUGAGAUGCCAAGUGGAUUGGACUUUGCAGUCGACCUACGUGGCAUUCGAUGUGACUGUGGUGAGUUCCAGGUGGACCGGAUCGCCUGUAGACAUGUGUUCGCAUGUUGUGCCAACCAGCGACUGGAUUGGCAAGUGUAUGUGCAUGAUGUGUACAAGAUGGACCAAAUCCGACAGGUGUACCGAGCAAAGUUUAGGCCACUAGGUAAUCCUACUACAUGGCCUGCUUACAACGGACCUCAGUUCAUACCAAAUCCGUACUGAGACGCGUCACGAAAGGUUGCCCCAGGAUGACACGCUUCUUGAAUGAGAUGGACACGCGAAUGUUACGUCAUCCUAGGCGAUGUAUGCUAUGUGGGGCUGAGGGACACAGUCGUAGCAGAUGCCGUCAGUUAGCGGGUGCAAAUGCCGACAGAGAUGCUCAGUAGAUUGACAUUUUAAGAUGAUAUUAUAUAUGUAGCAUUAUAUAGUAUGCAAAGAGUUGUCCGUUUGACUUAACAACGUAUGAUAUAUGUAACAUUGUAUAAUAUGACAUGAAUUCUCAUAUUGAGUUAACAUGACCUGAUAUAUGUAGCAUUAUAAAUUAUGACGAUCUAGCAUUAUAAGAUAUCUGUAGCAUUAUAUAAUAUGACAUCAAUUGUCCACCUCAUUUAUAAGGAUAUGAUAUCAAUAGCAAUAUAUGAACUUCAUUAAUACAUAAAUACUCUCAACAUACAAAGUAACCUGACCAUAGUCCAGCUAAUUAAUACAUAAAGACCAACACAUACAAGGAUAUUUAAACAUAGUCCAGUUCAUUAAUACGUAAAUAAGUUCAUUACACCACAACUAUUUUCUCAUUGACCACUUUACAUCCUUCACAAAGUUCUUGUAUUUCUUGGCGGCCUUUUUGAAAACAGAUGGAGUGUAGCGAUUAGCGCUACGACGUGGAGGAUCAAUCCUCAGAUUGUAACCUUUGGCUUUGUCAUCCGGAGUGUGUGCCUGAUCUGGAUACAAUUUGAUAAAAAUAAUAAAUAUAGUCCACUAGGUACUCAAAGCAACAUAGAAACCACAUAUCAUUUAGGAAAAACCAAACAGAAAUACCAUUUAUGACCACAAAAUAAAUAACUAAUCUAUCAUGUAGAGCAAAAUACACAACAUAAUACCAUCACUACGGGAUUCUUCGUCCUCAUCGAACUCCUCUAUUUCAUCCUCCUCAUCAUCGUUCUCGUCAUCCGGGUUGUCUACUAGAUACGCAUCGAUCUCUUGCUCGAGUGUGUUAGCAUUUUCUUCAAUGAGUCCCAUGGAAAUACGGUUAGGAUUUUGACUAUUAAGAACUCCACGUCCACCGUCACUCCUACUAGAGUCAACAGAUACAAACCUUCCAGAAGCCACCAAUGAGGUAUGGCACGGAUACCUCGCAUCCAACGAAUACAUAUCUGGCAUGAGCUCAGUUUGAUGGCCAUAUUGUGACUGUCCUGCAUCUCCAGCCAUGAACUCAAGCAACUGGCUAAAAGAACCUCCUUCGCCUGGUUCAAACUGUGACAUACCCCAAUAUUGUUGAUGCUGUGGAAAUGAUGGGUUGAAUUGUGUCUGAGGUACAUACUGGCCUGAGAACUGAGGUUGUUCUUGUGGAAGCGGAUUUGGAGGUGAUAUCUGCAGCAAUGUGGCUCCUGUUCUUCAUUGUCAUCAUCCAUAUCCUGACUACCCUCAUCGAUAUCCUUAUUACCCUCAUCCAUAUCCUGAUUACCCUCAUCAUUCUCUUCACCCACAAGAUUCGACAAGUUCAAGCGGUCUCCAAAUUUUGAUCGGUACCAAUGGAUGUAAGUAUCCAAUGGAUGCUGUGAAGGCAUGGGAAGCUCAGAAAGAACGUGGUUAUACCUGUUUGUCCA